AUGCAGAUGCGGUAUAAACUGGUUCUUGCAAGGAAGGAUGCUCGGAUUGAGGACGGGGUGCUAAAGGGAUUUGUGCAAGAUGUCAUGAGGAGCUUUGGAGGUCUUGACUUGCUGAGCAGGGUUGAUGUGCGAUGUAGCGGAGGCGUCGUUGCCAUUGAAACAGACUCUAAAACCUCGCAUGUUGUGCACGGGUCUUUGUUUUUCUGCGGCGAAUAUAAGUCCAUUGGAUGUGUGUUUGAGCGAGUUGAUUAA